UACAAUGGCUCUUAUGCGGACCCAAAUGCUGCGGCAGGAGGCGACGCUUAUGCUCAAGCAGAUCCACAGGCUCUGAAAGAAUACGAAGCGGCUUGGGCUCAAUACUAUGCAUCUCUAGGACAAACAGUUCCUACUGCACCGGGUGCUCCACAAGGUCAAGAUCAAACUGGUAAUGGAGCUGCAGCCGCUGCGCCAACUGAUUAUAGCGGUUAUUAUGCCAACGGUUCCGGUGCCCCACAGGCUAUGCCAGACGCAACUUCACGAGGUCGUGGUGGCGGUCCUGAUGGCUACAGCACUCGAGGUGGCUAUGAUGGCGACCGUGGAGGCCGUGGUGGCUUCGCAGGCGAUAGAGGAGGAGGCGAUUCAGGCGGCUUCGGACGAGGUCAGGAUGAUCGAGUGGAGCUCAAGGAAACUGUAUUCGUACAAGGUGUACCUGUAACAGCCAAUGAGACAUACAUAGCUGAUGUGUUCAAUACAGUUGGAGACAUUGCCAAGAAUGACAGGACUGGUGCUCCGAGAAUAAAAAUCUACACAGAUCGAGGAACCGGGGAACCAAAAGGAGAGUGCAUGAUCACUUUCGCUUCUGCUGAAAUAGCUCAGCGUUGUAUCGAAAUGUAUAACGGUCAGCCAUUCCCUGGUGGUGAUCGACCGAUGACUAUUUCGAUCGCAAAAUUCAAGCCAAUGGAUCCGUCUGCACGAGGAGGUGCUGCUGGAGGCGGGGGAGGUUUCCGUGGUGGAAGAGGCGGAAGAGGAGGUUUCGAUGGUGGAUUCGGUGGUCGCGGAGGAGGCGGCGGAGGUUUCCGUGGAGAUUCAGGUACGGCUUUUGCUGGCAUUGCACUUAUACUAAUAGGAGGAAUCGUGUUUUUCUGCGCAGAAGGUGAUUAUAUGAUCUUAUCAACUCUGUUCUUAGGUGGACGCGGUCGUGGUGGUGGUUUUGGACGUGGUGGAGGAAACGCCAAUAUGGAACAACGCAGCAAUGACUGGCCUUGCGAGUCAUGUGGAAAUAACAACUUCGCCUUCCGA